AUGAAAAUUGUUUACACAAAGUCAUGCAAUUCAACUAAUCAAGCAACCAACCAUCCAGCCAACCACCACCAUUCGACCAUAACCGCAUCAUCAUUGUCAAGUUUCUUUUUUCAAUUGCAGAUUUUCGCGUUAUUCUGUAUAGUUGUCUUAAAUGCACACACCACAUACGCCUCUCUUUGGUCAAAUCUUAACAAAGAAGCUGCCCCACAACAGUCACUGCCAAGAUGUAACGGUGCUAAAGGUCUGAAAUAUUUGUCCGGUGAUGCAUUAACAGAUUCAAUGGAUUGCAUAGGACCAAAUAAUGCUCCAUAUCCAAGUGCGGCAGUGGCGCGGACAUUUGCCAAUUGGAACGGAAAUACAAGACGUGGCCGUCAAACCAAAUUACCCACAACAUUAGAUCCAUCGAUUACAACCAGUGCUCUGUUGAGGGCAUACAAUGAAGUCAACAAUGAUGAUAUUGAUAGUUUUAGAGUUGGUCGUUCAGCCAAGCAAACACCACAAGUUGAUCAAUGCCGAAGCACACCAGCCCGUUUGUGUAAAACACGUUAUAAUACAACGGCUCCCAUGUAUGGUGUCAGUUUGACCUCUGGCCAGCCUGUUACAAUUGUUCAGAAAUUCCCUGACUUGUUGCAGCAAGUAGUUUUCGAAGUGUGCGAAUCAUCAGAAUGUGAUGUUGUCCGGGGUGAAUGUACCCAAACAUAUGUGCCUUAUUUAUUCUUGGUUAUACCCUUGGGUCCAGUUACACUUACCGGUCAAGAUUAUGUAUUGGUCGAAAGUGGUUGUGUUUGUAAGCCCAAAUAUUCGACAGGAGCUGCCCAGGAACCCAAUAUGAUACCAUAGA